AGGAGAGAAAUGCCGAUAACCGGCAUUUCCGUGUUUACAUGUGAUCAGCUGUGAUUGGACACAGCUGAUCAAAUGACCGAGCCGACAUCGUCGGCUCUUUCUGUGAUUUGCUGUGUCCGAGGGACACAGCGCACCGGCGAUCGCCGCGCUGCGCGCUCCCUGAGCUGCGCAUCCGCAGUGAGAAUGGUAGGACAUCAUAUGACGUCCUAUCAGAACGAGAGAACCACCUUGCGCCCAUCAUUGUACUAUAGGGCGGGCGGAAGAUGGAUUAAAGUGUUACUAAACCCAGGGCCCUGCAUUCACUAUAUCUGGUCUCCCACAGUACACAGAACAUGGAAGUGCAAUUAUUUUAGUAAAUAUAAACUGCUAAAUACCUUUUCUCGACAGCAGUUAGAGCAGCCUUGUGACUUCUAUCAGCACCCAGCAAAGCACUGGUAAAGCUUGUGGGAGGAGUUUUCAUUCUCUCCUGAUUGUCCUAUGAGGCUGCAUAGCCCCUGA